CGCGGCGUCUCGGAAGCGCAUGCUCUGGAGAGCGCGUCUGGCAUCGGAAGCGGUUGGUCCCGAGAGUUGAUGGAGGAGAUUCGAGGUAGUUAUUUCCAGUCAGAGAAGGAAGCCCACGUCUGGCAUUCUCCCCACAUGUCUCCCUGCCAUGAUCAAGUGCUUGUCAGAUGAAGUCCAAGCCAAACUGCGGUCCGGUUUGGCCAUAAUCUCCUUGGGCCAGUGUGUCGAGGAACUUAUCCUCAACAGUAUCGAUGCGGAAGCAAAAUGUGUGGCCGUCAGGGUGAAUAUGGAAACCUUCCAAGUCCAAGUGAUAGACAAUGGACUUGGGAUGGCGGGUGAUGAGAUAGAGAAGGUGGGAAACCGGUAUUUUACUAGCAAAUGCAGCUCAAUACAGGACUUGGAGAACCCAAAGUUCCAUGGUUUCCGAGGAGAGGCCUUGGCAAGUAUCGCCGACAUGGCGAGUGCUGUGGAAAUUUCAUCCAAGAAAAGCAUGGCUAUGAAAACCUUCGUGAAGAUGUUUCAGAACGGGAAAGCCCUAAACGCUUGUGAAGCGGAUCUGACUAGACCCAGCGUGGGGACCACAGUAACUGUGUAUAACCUGUUCUCCCAGUUCCCUGUGAGGAGGAAGAGCAUGGACCCGAGACUAGAGUUUGAGAAGGUUAGGCAGCGGGUGGAAGCCAUCUCCCUCAUGCACCCUUCUGUCUCUUUCUCUUUGAGGAAUGAUGUUUCUGGUGCCAUGGUUCUCCAACUCCCCAAAACCAAAGACAUAUGUUCUCGGUUUUGUCAAAUUUAUGGAUUGGGCAGGUCUCAAAAGUUAAGAGAAGUACAUUUUAAAUAUAAGGAGUUUGAGUUUGGUGGCUACAUUAGCUCUGAAGCGCACUACAAUAAGAAUAUGCAGUUUUUGUUUGUGAACCGAAGACUGGUUUUAAGGACAAAGUUGCAUAAACUCAUUGACUUUUUAUUAAGAAAACAAAGUACUAUAUGUAGGCCAAAGAAUGGCUCUGGUAGUAGGCAAAUGAAUUCCAGUCCUCGGCACCGCUCUGCCCCCGAACUCCAUGGGAUCUAUGUCAUCAAUGUACACUGCCAGUGCUGUGAAUAUGACGUGUGCAUGGAGCCCGCCAAAACUCUGAUCGAGUUUCAGAACUGGGAUACCCUGUUGGUUUGUAUUCAAGAAGGAGUCAAAAGGUUUUUAAAGCGAGAAAGCCUGUUUGUAGAGUUAUCAGGUGAAGCUAUUAAGGGCUUUAAUGAAGAUAACGAUUUUGGUUUGUUUGGUGCUACUCUGCAGACACAGGCGUCCUCUCAUGAGAAGUGUGACCAGAGCAGUUUCCAGGAAGCGUGCACUAAUAUUUUGGAUUCCUAUGAAAUGUUGAAUUUACAGUCGAAAGCUGUGAAAAGAACAGCUACUAUAGAAAGUAGAAACACACAGAAUUCUGGGGAUUCAGAAGCCAUCAGAAAACAGACAGCUGACUCAGUGCACAGUUGUGAAACAGAUGGCCUGGGCCAUAGUGAAAUGAUAGAGUCAUCACACAGCGAAGACAGCGCUCACUUAGCAUCAAGGGUGUUGGGAGAAGAGGGAGAAAACGAGAAACAUCAGAAAUCUUUCCUGGAAGAGAGGACUUCAGAAAGUCCGCAUGGAACCAGCCCAAAAAUGGUUUCAAGCCCUGAUCGGACACAUCAUCUCUUUGAGGAGAAUGAGGCAGAUGUAGAAAUACAGAAAAUAAGCCCUGUUGUUAAUGUCAUGGCUGCCAACGUUCCCCCAAAUAGUAGGAUUCAGAGCCUACUGGAGAAACAUAAAGAUGCUACUGAAGUGGGGCAUCAACCUCUGCCUUUUGAGACAACAGCAUCUAGAGUCCAGGGUACACAGAGAAAGAAGGAAAAAGGAGAAAAAGAGCCGAGUAGUCCUGGAAGAGUAAAUGUUUUUAGAUAUGGAGAGGUUAAGUUAUGCUCUACUGGCUUUAUAACUCAUGUGGUACAGAAUGUGCACACUAAAUCAAGUGAAACAGAGCAUUCAUUUAAAAAUUAUGUCCGACCUGGUCCUGUAAGUGCCCAAGAGACAUUUGGAAACAGAGCACACCACGCACUCGAGACUCCAGACACCAAUUUAACAAGCACUUUAAGUACAGAAUCUGCUCGACUGCUCCACAAAAAAUUGUGCAGGACAAACAUAGGUUAUGGGCCAGAGAACAACCCAGUAGCAGCGGAUGGGAGCUUGGCUCUUUUUCAGGAAGGUGGUACAGGACCACACACAGGUUGCUUUUUGCCUGACACACCCUCCUUCCCAGGGUGCAACUAUGCUUCAAAUGGUAGUAAGAAGACAGAGAAGAUGAUGCAUCCCUCCAGACUCUCAGGCCGUAGGAAGCUAAGCUUGCGUUCACAAGUAGGGUCUUUAGAGAGAUUUAAGAGGCAAUAUGGGAAGGUUAUCAGUUCUCUAGAUACAGAAGAGGAAAAUAACACUGAAGUAAGGGCCCAUGGUGAUGCUCAGGUCGAACCUGACAUUCUACUAAAUGACAAGAGCCACUUAGAUAUGCCUGAUGGUGGUAAGAUCACUACCGUGGAGCACUGUGACACUUGUCAACCAGUAAGUCACGUCCUGCACUCAGAAAAAUCUCCAUUUUCCAAAGAAGCUUGCUUAGAACAGAUGCCUCACUUGAGAGAAAGUCCUAUUACUCUGGCAGAAUUCUCUCCCUUUAACAGAAAACAUUCCAAUGUUGAGAAGUCCACCGAGUCACUUGCUUCGAAAUUAUCCAGACGGAAAGGUUCUGAAAAGGAGCUUCGAACGACGGAGAUGAUAGGCCAUAUUAGUGAACUUCCAGGUUCGGAUUCCAGUCGGACAGACAGUAGCUGGGGCACGAGGUUAGACUUACCUUUUGGUGAGUUAUUUAAAAAUAAACACGAAAAAAUAAAGAGUGACGUGCUUCUGAUACCAGAUCCUGCCACCCAGGAUAAUUCCACCCACAACAGUGCAGUGCAUUCUCACAAUGUAGUGGACCACACAGAGAACCCUGAAACUCCUUUGCCGUUGCCCUGCAGUGAUUCUAAAGCCAGCAAAGAUUCAGAUGUUCUCGUCAGAUCUUCAGAGCAACAUACAGGAACUCCCGAGUCUCCCAGUAGAAUGAUCAUGGGUCAGGUAGAAGUUACCACUGCAGGCCAAGAUGGAAUUUCUUCCCAGAAUGAUGAGUCUAAAGCAAGAUCUUAUUCCGAAAAUGAAGAAUCUAAUUCAUACCCUAUGGGUUGGCAGCAGCAUUUUGAUGUUACGCUGGGAAGAAUGGUUUACAUCAACAGAACAACCGGACUAAGCACGUUUGUCGCUCCCACGGAAGAUGUUCAGACUGCUUGCACCAGAGACCUGACGACUGUGGCUGUGGAUGUCCUCCUCGAGAAUGGGGUCCAGUACAGGUGCCACCCUUUUAGAAGCGACCUUAUUCUUCCUUUCCUUCCGAGAGCUCAGGAGGAGAGGAUUAUGAUGAGACCAAUGGCGAGAGGUGAGAGCAAUGCCAGAGGUUGUGUGUGGAGACACCUGGUACACCCUGUCCCGCUCAUUGCGGAAGACUUAGCAGGGGUUGCUGUUGAUGUCAGCAGUGGCCAGGCUGAGAGCUUAGUGGUUAAAAUCCACAACGUGCUGUAUCCCUAUCGCUUCACCAAAGAGAUGAUCCAUUCAGUGCAGGUUCUCCAGCAAGUGGAUAACAAGUUUAUAGCCUGUCUAAUGAGCACGAAGGUGGAGGAGAGUGGCAAAGCAGGUGGAAACCUGCUAGUCUUGGUGGAUCAGCACGCUGCCCACGAGCGAGUUCGUUUGGAGCAGCUCAUUACUGACUCCUACGAGAAGCAGCCGCCACAAAGCUCUGGUCGGAAGAAACUCCUGUCGUCCACAAUAAUUCCCCCACUAGCGAUCACAGUAUCAGAGGAGCAGAGGAGACUCUUACGGUCUUACCACAAAUAUUUGGAAGAUCUUGGACUGGAAUUGAUAUUUCCAGAUGCCAGUGAUCCUUUGAUCCUUGUGGGGAAAGUGCCACUCUGCUUUGUAGAGAGGGAGGCCAGUGAGCUCCGAAGAGGAAGGUCUCCUGUGACUAAGAGCAUCGUGGAGGAAUUUAUUCGAGAACAAGUGGAGCUGAUUCAGACCACAGGAGGCAUCCAGGGGACGCUGCCGCUGACUGUCCAGAAGGUGUUGGCCUCCCAGGCCUGCCAUGGGGCCAUUAAGUUUAAUGAUUGCCUGAGCCUAGAGGAGAGCUAUCGCCUUAUCGAAGCUCUGUCCUUGUGCCAGCUGCCAUUCCAGUGUGCUCAUGGGAGGCCGUCAAUGCUGCCCUUAGCUGACCUGGACCACUUGGAGCAGGAGAAGACGGUAAAACCCAAUAUUGCUAAACUUCGCAAACUGGCCCGUGCCUGGCAUCUGUUUGGAAAAGCGGAAGGCUGUGAUACAAGGCAGAGCCUGCAGCAGUCCGCGCCUCCUGAGAACCACCACGGAAACAGAGUUAGGGAUCUGUGAGGAGUUACGGGAAAGCUCUGAGUAGAGAGCAUGCGCAGCACAGAACAACGCAGUGGUGCCGGGUCAGCCUGACGUGCGCAGGUCGGGUACAUCAGUCUCCUGGAGCAGAUGCACUCAAGCCGACGGAUCCAUGGACUCAGGAGUUUGCCUUAUAACACUUGUCUUUUGUCAGCUGAUUUAGUAAUAAAGUGGUAAUGAUUUUGUAUUUGG